UAUACCCUCCAGGGGGGUUCUUAUUUUUUAAAAAUUGAGCUUCAGUUUCCAAAAUUAGGGCUGAAAAUUUUUUCUGCAAAAGAGGCUGCUGGAAGGAACCAUGGAGAUCAAAGGGGAGCUAGCUCUGCGGAAAAGGCAAGUCCUGAUUUUCUUUGUUUUGCUGGGAUUAUCUCAGGCAGGUCCUGAAUCUGUGCGAUAUUUUGUGGCAGAGGAAACAGAAGUUGGUUCUUUUGUGGCCAAUCUUGCAAGGGAUCUAGGGCUUGGGGUGGAGGAGCUAUCAUCACGGGAGGCCCGGGUAGUGUCGGAUGAUAACAAAAAGCACUUACAACUUGAUUUACUGACGGGGGAUUUGCUCCUAAAUGAGAAACUGGACCGAGAAGAGCUCUGUGGCUCCACCGAGCCCUGUGUGCUGCAUUUUCAGAUGGUAUUAGAAAACCCUUUACAGUUUUUUCGGGCUGAACUGCAUGUCAAAGACAUAAAUGAUCAUUCCCCUAUGUUUCUAGACAAGCAAAUACUUAUUAAAAUAUCAGAAAGUACCAGUAUUGGAGCCACAUUCCUAAUGGAGAGUGCCCAAGAUUUGGAUGUAGGAACCAACAGUCUCCAAAACUACACAAUUAGCCUCAAUUCUCAUUUCUACAUUAAAAUCCGAGACAACGGUGAUGGAAAGUUGUACCCAGAACUGGUCCUGGACAGAGCAUUAGAUCAUGAGGAGGAGUCUGAGCUCACAUUAACACUCACAGCACUGGAUGGUGGAUCUCCACCCAGGUCUGGGACGACUUUGGUUCUCAUCAAGGUCUUGGACAUCAAUGACAAUGCCCCUCAGUUUGCUCAGAGGCUCUAUGAAGUGCAUGUUCUGGAGGACACACCUGUUGGGGCCUGGAUUAUCACCAUUUUUGCUAAUGAUUUGGAUGCAGGAAAUUAUGGGAAAAUAUCAUACACAUUUUUGCAUGCAUCAGAAGAUAUUCGUAAAACAUUUGAAAUCAAUCCAGUAUCGGGGGAAGUUCAUUUGAGAUCAUGCCUGGAUUUUGAAGUAAUACAGUUCUACACUAUAAAUAUUCAGGCAACAGAUGGUGGGGGUCUUUCCGAAGAAUGUACUCUGCUGGUUAAAGUAAUAGAUAUAAAUGAUAAUCCACCAGAAGUCACCAUCUCAUCAUUUACAAAGUCAAUUCCAGAGAAUGCCUCAGAGACUCUGGUUGCUCUUUUUAGUGUCCGAGACCAAGACGCUGGGGAUAAUGGGAGGAUGGUUUGCUCUAUUCAGGAUGAGCUCCCCUUUUUCCUGAAACCAACCUUCAAGAACUUUUUCACUCUAGUUUCGGAAAAAGCACUGGACAGAGAGACAAGAGCCGAGUACAACAUCACCAUCACCGUCACCGACCUGGGGACC